AUGAUGACGACGUUUCGAACACUUUUCACACACCUGUGGAUAACAUCUGCAUUUCUUGCGCUAGCAUUUGAUCCAAUGGGCGUUGUGUAUGAGGUUGCCCAUCUCGAUCGGCGCGCGGGAACCUUGGGUAGUUCUGCACCGUCGGUUAUCAAGACGGGCGAUUCGGAGAGACCCUUUGCUGUAGCUGGGAAUACGUUUGCGGAUUAUGAUUCUGCGGCUCAGAGAAGCUGCAACAUCCAAUUCGAUAAUUGCCAAAGAGCUGCAAACUCGGGCUCGUCGUUUUCUGUGAGCGACUGCCAGGAUCAGCAGAACGAUUGCCUGGCCGACCCUCCCGCGGCAGAAGCUGGGUCCUCCUCGGUGACAGCCGCAGAGGACGAUGGUUCAGAGAGUGGUACAACCGAACCGGACAGGCCGGAGCCAGACAGAACAGAGUCGGAGUCGGAGCCAGCGCCACUGGCGCAGACAAGGAUUCCAUAUGACUCAGACUACGAUAUUGUCUGUGACCUCUGA